AUGCGCGCGUCUCUGUGGCUGUCGGCCGUCGGCCGGCAGUGGGCGCUGCCCCUGGUUGCGGUGUGGUUGGCCCUGACCGGCCUGCUGGCCCUGGCCGGCGCCUCGGCCUCGGAUGCGCUUGUCGUCAACUCGCGCGUGGCCCGCCAGCUGGACUUCACCAUCUCCGACGGGUCGGCCUUCCACUCGGAGCUCCUCAACAUCACCGUCAGCUACGAGGCCCCACAGGGGGACGCCGAUCUGGCGCACUACCGGCUGACUCUCCCUGUCAAUGAUGGGAUGAUCUCCUCGGUCAGCCCCUAUGAGGAGGACCAGUUCCAACCGCUGGAGUCGCUGCGACUCCUGUCCCGCUCGGAGUCCUCCAGCAGCUCCCCGGUCCAGGUCUACGAAUACUCCUUUGCCACGCCGCUCCCGCCGCAAGCCUCGCGCACGCUGGCCUUCUAUGUCAUCAAGAUUGGUGGCGCCCGUCCCACCCCGGCCACCAUCGAGCAGGGCGACCCGCAAUUCCUCGCCACCACCACUCCCCUGCACUUUGUCUCGCCCUACAAGACAACCGAGCAGAUCAUGACCGCCAAGAUGACCGGCGACGGUCACAGCGUCAGCCUCAUCCCGAGCAACACCCCGACCGACCACCGGCGCAAGUCCAUCGCUUCGUCCACGCACUUCUCUCUUGGGCCCUUUGUCGACGUGCCAGCCACUGACGACAUUUUUGCCACCGGUGCCGGCACGGCCAAACUCCCCCUGGUCUCCUUCCGCAUUCGCGAGCCCGCCGGCCAGGCCAUUGUGGAGGAUCUGACUCGCACGGCCACUGUGUCCCACCUCACUGGCACCCUGCAUGUGGAUAACUCCUACCAUGUCCUCAACACCGGGGCCGCCUUGCGCGGCGGUUUCUCCCGCGCCAAGAUGUCCUCCCCCGAUCGGUCGCACGGCUCGAAUCCCGACGGCAUGGCCGGCAUCUUCCGCUUCCCCAUCCCCUCCAUGGCCAAGAACAUCUACUUCGUCGAUCAGCUGGGUAACGUGUCUUCCAGCAUUGUCGACGCCGAGACGCCGCAGCUGAACUCGGCUCUGCCGCGCAUCUUGACCCUGAAGACGCGGUAUCCUCUGUUUGGCGGCUGGCGCGCCGAAUGGAGCCAUGGCUACACCGUGCCACUUGACAGUCUCGGCACCUUCUCCGACACGGAGGCCGCCUCGCCCAAGGACCCGAACUUCCUGUUUGGCUCCACCAGCCAGGACGACCCGUCGCUUCACAUGCUCCGCCUGCCGCUGCUGGAGUCCCACAGCUCGGCGGCCAUCCUGCGCUUUGAGCUGAAUAUCGUCCUGCCGGAGGGCGCCCGUGACGUCCAUAUCAAGCUCCCCUUCAACGUGGACUUCCUGAGCAUCGGCGACCCGACUUUCUCCUUCUUGGACUCCCUGUCACCCGUGUCCUUCCUGCCGAGGGUGUUGUCUUUCUUCGGCCUCCCGACGCCGGCAUGGGUCCGCACGCUCGAGGGCAACAGUAUCCUCGGUCAGGGCCGGCCGACGAUUGUCAUCCGCCACCAGCUCGUGGCCUCGCUCAGCCAUGAGAAUGACAUCGAGGUGACCUACCGCCUCAAUGGGCCGGAGGCGUUGCUCAUCAAGCCCGUCAGCCUGAGCAUGGUGAUCUUCCUCAUGCUGGCGGCUCUGCUUGUGUGGUCCCGUUCCAGCGUGUCCAUCGAGGGCGACGCCGAUUUCCACAAGGCUCCUUGGAUGGCUGCUGAAAAGGCCAAGGCCGAGUGA